ACCCCAUUCCCCAGGACCCGGAGCUUACAGCCUCCUCAUGCUGCCUCCUCCAGACUGAGACUUGCUCCUAAAGCCCUCGCUCAGAUCUUGCCCUUGGCCUGCUUCUCCCUUUUAGUUCUCUAGUGUCUGGUCUUCUCAGCGCCUGCCCACCCUCUCAGGGAGGUGCCUCAUGGCAGCCCGCCCCUCCGGCCUGGUUUCCUCAGGAAAAGCCUUGAGAGGAAGCAGGGAGGGGGUUGGGAGCUGUAGGGGCCAGACUAACCCAAGCCUUCCUGCUAUACUGGCCGCCAUGGGGAUCGGGCUGCUGUUCCCUCUACUGCUGCUCUGGACUCGGGGGACCCAGGGGUCUGAGCUGGACCCCAGUGGGCAGCACGUCUGCAUGGCUGGCAGCCCCUCUGUUGAGCUCCAGUGCUGCCCAGGGUGGAGGCAGAAAGAUCGCGAAUGCACCAUCCCCAUUUGCGAGGGGCCGGACGCCUGUCGGGAAGACGAGGUAUGUGUGAAACCAGGCCUCUGUCGAUGCAAACCUGGAUUCUUCGGGGCCCAGUGCAACUCUCGUGAGUCCCCGCCCGGCUUCCGCGGCGCGCGCUGCGAGCUGCCCUGCACCCCGGGCCGUUACGGGCCGCAGUGCCGCGACAGCUGUGGCCACUGCAAGCAGAAUGAGCCAUGCUCUGCAGACACAGGCAGCUGUGAGUCCUGCGAGCCAGGCUGGAAUGGGACCCAGUGCCACCAGCCCUGCCCUCCUGGCACCUUUGGCGAGAACUGCAGGCAGCAGUGCCCCCACUGCCGGCUUGGGGAGGCCUGUCAGCCAGACACUGGGCAGUGUCAGCGCUGUGACCCUGGCUGGCUGGGGCCCAGGUGUGAAGACCCCUGCCCGAUUGGCACCUUUGGGGAAGGCUGUGGCUCUACCUGUCUGCCCUGUGCCCAGGGGGCCUGUGAUGCUGUGACUGGGGAGUGUGUCUGCAAUGCCGGCUACUGGGGACCCAGCUGCAACACUUCGUGCCCAUCUGGCUUCCAUGGAAACAACUGCUCUGUUCCCUGCGAAUGCCCCGAGGGAACCUGCCACCCGGUCUCUGGGGCCUGCCAGCUGGGAUCUCACAGCCAGGAUGCCGCCCUCAUCGCGGGCAUCCUCGUGCCUCUGCUGCUGCUCCUCCUGGCCAUCGCCUGCUGUGCCUGCUGCUGCUGGGCUGCCCGGUUGGACCCCAAGGACAGGCCAGCAGGAGAUGGAACUGCUCUGUCCAGGAUGAAGCUGCAGGUCUGGGGGGCACUGACCUCCAGCCUGGGCUCUGCGCUGCCCUGCGGUUCCCUCAGCAGCCACAAGCUUCCCUGGGUGACAGUCUCGCACCACGACCCGGAGAUCCCCUUCAACCACAGCUUCAUCGAGCCGCCCUCUGCCGGCUGGGCCUCGGAUGACUCUUUCUCUUCUGAUCCUGAGUCUGGAGAAGAGGACGAGGGUCCUGCCUACUGCGUGCCACCCCAUGAAGGGAUGGUCCCUGUAGCCCAAGCAGAGUCACCAGAGGCCAGCCUGGCCGGAGGCCCCUUCCCUCCUCCUGAGGACGCCUCCACACCAUUCGCCAUCCCGCGCACAUCCAGCCUUGCGCGGGCCAAACGGCCCUCAGUCUCCUUUGCUGAAGGUACCAAGUUUGCACCACAGAGUCGCCGAAGCUCAGGGGAGCUCUCCAGCCCACUCCGAAAGCCCAAGAGGCUCUCCCGGGGGACCCAGCCAGGUCCUGAAAAUCAGGAGGCCGAGGAGCCCACGAGCCCAGAGCAAACGGAAACAGACGGCGCUCCUCCUGGUGCUGCCAGCCCCAGGGAUUCAGCCAUUGGCCGCCGCCGGCUCCCGCUUGCUGGCCGGACAGUGGCUGAGCGUGUGGAAGCCAUCGAGGGCAGUGUCCAGGAGGGCUCAGGCUCUGUGACCACGAUCUACAUGCUAGCAGGGACACCGCAGGGAUCUGAGGGCCCCGUCCGGUCUGUCCUCCGCCGUUUUGGUAGCUUCCAGAAAGGCCAGGCAGAGCCCAGGGUCAAGAGUGCCAUCCCUAAGCCUCCACGCAGGGCCCUGAGUCGGAACAAGGGCAGCCCCGGGCUGGCCCCUGGCUCUGCCAAUCUGAGCCCCAGCUCAGCCCCGAAAGAGGAGCUGCCUGGGACCUUAGAGUCUGCAGGGACCAGGCCAGAGGAAGUGGCCAGGGGGUUGGGGGAUGGCAAAAGCUCAGAGAGGGGCCAGGAGCUGGCCCCUGGGGAUGGUCCCCUGGAACAAGAUCCCCAGAAGCUGACUGGCGAGGAAGGGCAGGAGGAGCCCCAGUAUGAGAAUGUUGUACCCAUCUCUGGGCUACCAGAGCCCAGAGGACCUUGAAUUUCAUGAGUGGUAAGAUGAUGGAUAGGGGUAGGCAUCCAAACUGCCCAGGAUCAGAUUGUAUUCUGUGCUGGAAAAAGAUUCUAGGGCCAGGAAAGACAUACCAGCGCCUCUGUCUUUCCACAGGGACUCAUCAGAGUUGAAGGCCAGUUGGCUCUGUGCCCUGGCAGUGCUCUGGGAGAGGUCUGGAAGGCCUGAGCAGAGGCUCCCCGAGGAUGGGGUCAGGAAGGGGGAAGAGAUGGCAGCAGGGACUUUUUCUCUGUUGUCCUGGACUCUGUUUGCCCCCAAAGGCUAUCCUUUCCUUCACUUAUAACAUAUUUUUCUGAAAUGGGAAACAACCUAAAUGUUUGACGACAAAAGAUUGGUUAAAGAAAUAUUCCUUAUGAAAGGUUCCUAAACAACCACAAUAAAUCAUGUUGUGUAAGAAUGUUUUUAAUAUGGGAGAAUGUUUAGGUUCACUAUACUGUUAAGUGUAAAAUGCAACUUUUCUUUUUACAAAUUUCAUUCCUUUUUGCUUCAGAAUACAUGUUUAGAAUGCUUCCGUUUUGUGUAGAUUUUGUGACUUUUACGGACUUUCUUUUAAAACUAUGUGUAUGCAUAAAAAAGAUUCGAGGGAAAGGGGCCAAAUGGCAUUUUCCUCUGGGAGACGAGAUUGUGGCUGGUAUUUAUUUUCUUCCUACAUUUUUGCAUAAUUUGCAAAUUUUCUACAAUGAACAGUCUUUUUACUUUUCUCACUAGAUUGAAUUUUUAAGGAAAUUUUAAAAGCUGUGUUCUUUGCUAAAAAUAAAAAGUACUAACAUUUCAGACAUGUCUAAAGUAACAAUGAGAUUUCCCUUCCCAGAAGAUUCUGAGGGAUGAGGAAGGGGCUAGACUUAAUUUUCACGGAGUGCCUGUUGGUCUUGUUCUGAAUUCUUUCCUCACACACUUGUAUUACCCAGUCAGGAAAUAAAGAGCAAACCCCUCUGUCCCAGUGUGCAGAGAAUCUCAUGAACAGUCUAGAUGCUUCCUUUCAGAUGUUUUUCUGUGCAUGUGAAAACAAAAGGGCGUACUGUUCCGGAAUUUGCUUUUUUACUUAACAGUAUAUCCUGGCUAUCUUUUGAUGUCAGUAAAUAUAAAACUACCUCUUUUUUUUUUUAUAGAAAAUGGCUACAUGGGAUCCCAUCAGGUGGAAAUAACACAAGUUAUUUUAACUAUCCCCGACCUACAGGGAUUUGUUUCUAAUUGUUUUAAUAUAAUAAAUGAUGAUGCAGUGUACAACUUGGUCCAUA